AUGGCAAGGCUGACCGGCAGCAACAUUGUCAUUGAUUCCUCGCGGAAACCGAGGCGUUCUGAGGACGACGAGGCGAGUGCCGCUCACUCGGCGGCCCGCAGCUCUUUCACGCGCGCCGGGUUCGACCUGGAUCCGCCAGCGCCAAACGACCUCUCCGCCUCCGCCAGCAGCAGCGUCUUGUCGUUCUUGUGCCCGCUUCUCAAGUUCUUCGGGGGCGGGGAUCCUUCUCAAGAGCGAAAUGACAUCGUGGAGGUGGCCACAUCUUCUCUUUCAAGUUUAGCUAGACUGCCAUGGGGAUCAAGUGUUGCAGCUAGUAGUGCUGAAAACGUCACCGCGCCAGCGAGUGGCCCGACUCUUCAACUGUAUGAGUUUGAGGCAUGCCCCUUCUGUAGGAGGGUCAGGGAGGCCAUGACUGAGCUUGAUCUUUCUGCAGAGGUUUAUCCUUGCCCAAAAGGAUCACUGAGGCAUAGAGAUGUGGUCAGGAAAAUUGGAGGGAAGGAGCAGUUUCCACUUCUUGUUGAUGCAAGUACUGGCGUCACAAUGUAUGAAAGUGGAGAUAUUGUCAAGUACCUGUUCAAACAGUAUGGACAAGGAAAGAGCCCUUCUUUUGGCCUCCUUGAGAGUACAAUUUUCACAGGAUGGGUGCCUACUCUUCUUCGAGCUGGAAGAGGGAUGACAAUGUGGAGCAAAGCUGGCACGGUACCUGCAGAGAAGCUGGAACUCUUCUCAUUUGAGAACAACACUUACGCAAGGAUUGUCCGUGAGGCUCUGUGUGAAUUGGAGCUCCCUUACGUUCUCCAGAACGUGGGAGAGGGGUCGUCGAAGAUGAGUUCGCUGCUAAGCAUAGCAGGUUCUAAGCAGGUACCGUAUCUGAUGGAUCCAAACACCGGGUUCCGAUCGGGCGAUCACAAGACGAUACUGUCCUAUUUGUUUCAGCAGUACUCUGUGGGAGGCUAGCUUGUCCCUCAAAUCUCGGCAAAUCUGUAGGCACCUCUCAGAUAGGCUGUUUUGUCCCGGUAGAAAGAGAGCAAGCGUGUGUAUUUGCCGCGAUACGGAGCUUGGCUCUGAAAUAUCAGUGGGUUUUAGAAUCCUCAACAUAUAUGGUAUAUGGGAAGAUCUGGGUGCGUGGCA